AUGGUGCACGGUCGGUGUCGCGGCACCAACGCCGCGGCCUUCCGGCCAGGCGCGGGCACGGCGCCGCCCGGAGCCGGGGCGCCUCGCAGCCUCCCCACCCCCACCCCCCGCGACACCCCGGUGACCCCGCCGCCCCGCGACUCCCUGCCUCGCGACCCCGCGGCCGGCCCGGGCCUGGCCUCUGGCCGCCGCCCCCCGCCGCGGGCUGCUCGAGGGGGCCGGGCCCCCAUCGCCGACGCGCCCCGCUCGCCCGCCGAGGACCUCCGAGGCCCGGCCCCCGCCUCGGCCCGCCGCCCGCCGCCCGCCGCCCGGGCCCCCGUCCCCGUGCGGGGCGAGGCGGCCGCGCCGCGCCGGGUCCAGGCCGCCCAGGGUCCCGGGGUGCGCGGCGGCGGCGGCGGCACCGGCGGCGGCCGCGCCCAACUCAGCCUGCGGCCCCGCGCGGCCCUGGGCGGCGGCCUGAUCCGGAGCGGCGGCCGCGGCCGGCCGGCCCUGCGCCGGCUCGCCCGCCUGCCGCGCUCGCUGCCGGGCCUGGAGCCGACCUCCCGCCCGGGGCCGCUCGGGUCCGUCAGCGCCGCGGCCGCCUCGCACGUGUCGCCCAGCUCGCCUCGGCCCGGCGGCAGAGCCAGGUGCCCGACGGACGGCCCCACCCCUGUGGCGUUCGAGGCUGUCCACCCGAACGGUUCCCAAGCCGUCGAGUCGUCGGUGUCCUGCCAGGAGGAAGACGAAGACGAGUACCCCUGCGUUUUGGAGCCGGUGAGGAUCCACAGGAAUGAGACCGGCCCGCUGCACUGGAGCCGGAGUCGGGAACUGACCGUCAACUCCACGGUGCAGUACCGCUGCCCCAACCUGCAGUUCAUUAAUUACCACUGGCGACUCUUUCCCGUGAACUCUGUAUCCGAUGUGCCAAACUGGUCUAGUCCUUUGAGAAAUCCACCCUUCAGGGCAGCGAUGGAGCCCAACGUUAUCCACAUCCGGAGGAAUUCUUUAUCCUGGGGGGUGUACGUGCUUAAUAUCUCAGUGGUCAUCUACAGAAGGCAUCCCAGGAUACCGAUGCUAAGAGACUCUGAUUCCAUCUACCUAGUCAUUGGUAGAGCCCCCCUGAAGGCCGUUAUUCCUGGACCUGCCAACAUCAGCAUUAAUUUCACCGAAGGGCUGACUCUGAAUGGCUCGGCAUCCUCUGACCCAGAUGCGCAAAACCCGUCGGAGGGACUUCAGUUUUUUUGGUACUGCACCACAGACCCAAGGAACUACCAAGGGGAGACAGUAAGAGUGAACAGCAGGGACGUUUGCCUCCCGGAGCAGGCCGAUCUCAGGUGGCCAGGGGCCUCGGGUCCUGUCCUCACACUUCCGCCAGGAACACUUAAGGGUGCCGGUGCGUAUUUUUUCAGGAUGGUGAUCCAGAAGAACAACAGAACGGCAUUUGCUGAUAAGACAGUGCAUGUGCUCCGAGAACCCACACUUGUAGCCAACAUCUCAUGCAUCGAAAAUUGUGAUGCAGUGUUGGUUACACCAGACAGGUUUUCUUUGUCUCUGGAGUGCACCCACUGCACGGCAGGCCGUGACGUCUAUCGGUGGUCGAUUCUGUCCUCCUCAGGUGAUGAGAUACCAUUUGACUGGACCAGGCAAACAGCAACAGGGCGGAAUGGUGCUCACUUGUCCAUAAAAGCUUUUGCUUUCCAGCGUUUCCCCGAAGGGAACUAUUCGGUCUCUCUACAUCUAACCACCUGGAGUGGCUGGACCUUGGACUUAAGGCACCCCUUCAUUAUUAGGCGGAUCUCUGAGAUCAGAGAAUGCAAGAUUAGUCCGGCCGAAGGUAUCGCGCUGUGGACCAAAUUUGUCAUCCGGUGCAACAAUACCGAGAUUAACGUCCCUCUUACGUACAAAAUCAUCGUUUCGGAUGUGCACGGCUUUGGGGAAAUCAGCUCGUUAAAAGAGAACACCUUUGGGGCCAUCCUGUACCUGGGGGAGGAGCCCACGUCGCCCCCUUCCUUUUUGCCUGUGGGCGUGGUGGCCAGUCACUACGCCGUGAAGCUCUACGUCCAGGCGUACAACAAUGCUCUGGGAGCUUUUUCGCAGGUGAUCUUGUACGCCACCGUCCAGGCGCCCACGGACAGAAACUCGUCCGGCACGGUGCUGGGGCAGCUGUUCAAUUUCACGGAAGGACCAAACUCAUCGCUGGCGACGUUGCUUCAGCAGCGGGAGUUCUUACCUGCCGGCUAUCUGAUAUACGUCGUAGCUUCUGUCUUGAACAGCCUGAAGCCGGAACCACCUCUGGAGGCGAACAAGACCAGACUCCAGGAGUACCUCUUCAAUCAGACCUUCGCUCUGCCCAUCACCACGCUGGUGGAGAUUAGCCAGGUGGUCAUGUGUGUGACCAAGUUAACCCAGAAGACCUCGGAGUUCACCCCCAUGGCGCGCAAGCUGGCCAUGGUGAGGGUCUGGCAGGCGAGCCGAGCGCUGCAGCAGUGUCACGCGCGGGACCGGCGCGUUUCCUCCGAGCAGGUGGAGACCGUGAGCACGGGGAUCCUGACGAGUCUCUCCAACGUCCUGAGGCAGACCACGCGUCACCAGGUGGAGGAAGAGCCUUUCCACGUGGUGGAGGCCCUGGCAGACACGGUGCUGGCGGUCAAAGUGCCCGAGAACGAGACCAGCCUGAGGACCUCCAACUUCAACAUGUACCUCAAGAAGACGGAGAAGUGGAACGUCACCAAGUUCUUCAGCGGCCAGCGACACUGUCGCAGUAACUGUUUCUACCCGACCCUGGACGUGAACAGCGCUCCCAGUUUGCCCGCCCGCGCGCCCAUCUCUACCAUGUUCUGUGAGUUCGCCGACGACCCCUUCCCGUGGCUGAAGUAUCAGGCGAGCUCCCUGACGGAGGUGGUGGGCUUCCGCCUGACGGGCGCCGAGGCCUCCGGCGCCGUGACGGACAUCACGCCCGACGUGGCGGAGGUGCACCUCCUCCGCAGGAACUUGACCUUCGGGGCCUUUGCCCUCAUGGUGGGAUCCAGCCAGGAGCCCGGCACCGGGGACGCGGCGUCGAGAAAGACGACGGGGGCGUUCUGCUUCCCGGUGGACAGCCAGACGAGGAAGGAGGUGCUGGUGCACAUCGUGACAGAGGUGACGCUCCUGCUCACGGUGCUGGUGUACGCCGGCCGGCAGAUGGCGCCCGACGCCUUGGUCGCCACCUUCCUCGUGCCCCACGAGCUCCCUCCGAUCGCCAACCACAGCGACCUGUUUGACUCGGCCUGCACCGUGAGGACGGCCCGCGUGCUCUGCCUGUCCCCGUCCCUGCUGAGCGUCCUGGCCCGGCGGGCCGGCGACUCGCCCGAGUGUACCGUCACCAUGGUUCUGGAGGCGCCGCGUUUCGUCUUGAAGCCCACGGACAAGCUGGUGAGCAUCGCUCUGUUCAGCAUCCAGUGUCUGGACAUGUACGGGGUCCAGAGCGACUGGCGGGAGGACACCUGUGACCUCGGCGAGAAGAGCAGCUGGGACAAGAUCCACUGCAUCUGCAGGACGCCCCGGCGGGCCAAGCGGCAGCUGGGCCUCACAGACCUGAGCAGCCUGCCGAUGCACACCUACUACGUGGCGGCCAGGGUGAUUGUGGUCCCCAACCCCGUGGACCUGCGGCUGGACACCAUCCGGAAGGUGAUGUGGAACCCCGUGACCCUCCUGACUGUCCUCUUCAUCACGCUCCUGUACAUCAUCCUGGCCUUCUGGGCCCUGCACAGGGACGAGAUGGACGAGCUGCUGCGGGAGCACGUGGUGGUGCUGCCGGACAACGACCCUUACGAUGACGUGUGCUACCUCGUCACGGUGUUCACCGGCAGCCGCUGCGGGUCCGGGACCAGGGCCGACGUCUUCAUCCAACUGCAGGGGACGGAAGGCAGCAGCGACGUGCACUGCCUGAGCCACCCGAAGUUCACCACGCUCUACCGCGGCAGCAUCAGCACAUUCCUCCUGACGACGAAGAGCGACCUGGGGGACAUCCAGGCCAUCCGCGUGUGGCACAACAACGAGGGCCGAUCCCCCAGCUGGUAUCUGAGUCGAGUCAAGGUGGAGAACCUCUUCCGGAGACGCAUCUGGCUCUUCCUGUGCCGGGAGUGGCUCUCCGUGGACACCUCUCUGGACAGAACCUUUCCUGUAACGCUCCCGGAUACGCCUCUCGCCAGGAGGGACUUUUUCCUCAUCGAUCUGAGUUACAAGCUGGGGAAGAGCCACAUAUGGUUCUCCGUCUUCUCGGGCGUCAUCUCCAAGCCGUUCAAUAGGCUGCAGCGACUGUCCUGCUGCUUGGCGAUGCUGCUGUCCUCGCUGCUGUGCAACAUCAUGUUCUUCAACGUGGACGAGGAGAAGGACGCGCCCGGGGCGCCGGGGGUGCGGCUCAUCCGGUCCAUGAUGAUCGGCUUGGAAAGUGCCCUGAUCACCGUGCCCGUGCAGGUGCUGAUCACCUUCCUCUUCUUCUACUCCCAGAGGCGGCCCCAGGUGAGCCUGGAGGAGGUCUCGCCCCAGGAGCACGUCUUCACGUCCACGAGCGGGCACUGGGAGGAGCGGCUCAAGAAGUGGCACGCGCAGGAAGUUGACAAGGAACGCGUGCGGGCGCCCAGGAAGCACCGGCUCAAGAGGAAGACCCGGGGGCUUCGCAAGGCUCCCACCAAGGCGACCUCUAAAACGCGGUCCAAGGCCAAGCCAGCAGAAAGCCAGGCCCCGCGCGCCCAAGAGAAGAACAGGAACACCAACAACCCGAACGCGGGCGACGAUCAGACGGCCGCUUCCGGGGAGUCCCUCGAGCUGCCGGGCAUCGAGCCCUUCAAAGAGAAGCCCCGGAUCGUCCUGCCCUGGUGGUGUGUGUAUGUCGCCUGGUUCCUGGUUUUCGCCACUUCGAGCAUCUCCUCCUUCUUCAUUGUGUUUUACGGGCUGACGUACGGCUUCAGCAAGUCGAUAGACUGGCUCUUCGCCUCCAUCUGCGCCUUCAUCCUGUCCGUCUUUGUGGUGCAGCCGUCUAAGAUCAUCCUCUUGACGGGGUACCAAACGGGCAAGCCCAAGUAUUCCAAAAACAUCUCUUGGGCCACCAACUACCACUACUCCGAGAUCAAGCUGUCCGACCUCCGGAAGAACCCGGAGGAAAUGCAGAGGCUCCAGGAGUACAACGCCCAGCUCCGCAGCUCCAGGAUGUACCAGCCCCUCACCGAGGACGAAAUCGGACUCUUCAAGAGGAAGAGGAGGGUCAAGAGGAGGGCCUUCCUCUUCCUGGGCUACAUUCUCACUCACUUCGUCUUUCUGGCUCUCCUGCUGGUCCUGGUGGCCCUCCUCCGCCACCGGGACAGCUUUUACUAUAAUCAGUUCAUCCAGGACCAGUUCUCCGUGGAUCUUGCGACGGUGACCAAGCGCGACGUCUAUCCGUGGCUGAACAGGGUGCUGUUGCCUCUGCUGCACAACGACGCGCGCCCCCGCUUCCUCCCGGACAGCUCCUCCCAAAUCCUCGGCCUGCCGCUGAUGAGGCAGGUGAGGGCUCAGCCCGGAAACAAAACCUGCCCGCCUGCCAAAAACUUCAUGCAGAACAGCCUCCACAAAGAGAUCCACUGUCACCCCCAGUACGGCACCGACCCCGAGGACACCAGAAGCUACGCGGGGUCGUGGAGUCGAGUUAGCAAGCGGGCCGUCGCCGAGAACGCCCACGGCUUCACCUACAAGCCUCCAGAAAAGAGAUGGAGGUACGCCUCCCACGGGCUGCUGCACACCUACGGGUCAGGGGGGUACGCGUUCUAUUUCUUCCCCAAAGAGCAGCCGUCCAAUUCCUCCUUGAGGCUCAGCGAACUCCAGGGGAACCACUGGCUGGAUGAGAAGACGUGGGCGGUCCUUGUGGAGCUCACCACCUACAACGCCGACGUCCACCUGUUCUGCAGCGUCUUGGUGGCCUUCGAGGUCUCCCAGCUGGGGGUGGUGAACACGAGCCUGUCGGCGCGCUCCUUCUCGCUGGCCAACCUCGACAGGGGCGCCUCGGCCGAGGUCUACCUGUACGUGGCCGUCCUCAUCUUCUUCGCCGCCUACGUCCUCGACGAGGCCUACGUCCUCGCGCAGGAGGGGACGGCCUACGUCAGGAGCCUGUACAACCUGCUCAACUUCGCCUUCAAGUGCUCCUUCGCCCUCCUGAUCGUGCUCUUUCUGAGGAAACACUUCCUGGCCGCGGGCCUCACCCGCUCCUACCUGUCGCGCCCUGAGGAUUUCGUCCCUUUCCACGCCGUGUCGCAGGUGGACCACACCCUGAAGGUGGUCUUGGGGGUCCUGAUAUUCCUGACCAUCCUGAAGACCCUGCGCUACUCCAGGCUCUUCUACGACGUGCGUCUGGCUCAGCGGGCCAUCCAGAUCGCCCUGCCCGGCAUCUGCCACAUGGCCUUGGUGGUGUCCGUGUACUUCUUCGUGUUCAUGGCCUUCGGCUACCUGGUGUUCGGGCAGCACGAGUGGAACUACAGCGACAUGACCCACGCCACGCAGACCGUGUUCUCCUACUGCGUCUCGGCCUUCCAGAACACCGAGUUUGCCCACAGCCGGGCGAUGGGGGUGCUCUUCCUCUUGUCCUUCACGCUGGUGAUGGUCUGCGUCCUCAUCAACCUGUUCCAGGCCGUGAUCCUGUCCGCCUACGAGGAGAUGAAGCAGCCGGUGUACGAGGAGCCCUCGGAAGAAGCGGAAGCCAUGGCUUACCUGUGCUACAGGCUAAGGAGCACGUUUGGCCUCCGCAGCGCCCCAGCCAAGCCGAGGCAGGAAUCCGAGUUCUUUGUCGACAUGGUGUACGGGCAGCCCGAGAGGAACAGCCGCCGGUACCUGGGCCUGAAGACCAGAAACAUCAACGGGAAGAAAAUGGUUUACCUCGUCGUGUGAUCCAUCCACGAGGGUGUCGGGCCCCGCAGGCGGGUCUCUCCCCCGGGCCCAUCACGGCGGAGAGACCUGUUCGGCGGCUCACGCUGCUUCCGAGCCCUCUCCUUCACCACGCACACCCCUGCGUUCGGGGGUGCCCCCGUCCUGUCAUCCACUUUUGAGAUCUUAAAAGGCAUGCAAUGUAGCAUCUGACGGCCGUGAGCCCUGGGUGGACUUCCUUUUUAGCUGCGAAGUAGGCAUCCUUGGAACUCGCCGCAGUGUAGAGGCUUAGACGCCUAGACGGAGGGAGGGAGCUGGAAGCCCCACCCUGCCCACCGCCACCACCGCCAGAGAACCCUCAGCUGUUUCUGCGGCAAGUGCUAGCGUUCAGCCCAGAGCCCGGCUCCCUCGCCCCGCUGGCCCUGGCGGUGCCCUGUGCAGACGGGGCUGCAGCGCCUCCUCCACCCUCCCUACUGCCGCCGCCCGCACACCAGCUGGGCCAGGGCUGCAGGGCCCUCGCGCGAGGACUUCCAGAACUUGCCCUCGUGCUUGGGAACGCAGGGAUGUGAGCCAGGGGUCCGAAGCCUGAAGCUUCCCAUUUCCUCCUUCAGGCCACUGCAAGCUGAGGGCGUGACAUUUCUCGGCAUCUUCUGGCCACGAGACAUGACUCUUGUUAAACAAGAACGCGUGUGCUUGUCGGGGGCGGGGGGGUUCACAUGGAAAGAGAGUACAUACUCUAUGUAAUGAACGCAGCAACACACACAUCCAGCAUUUGGGCGCUGACGGCCCGUGGCAAGAAAAGGUGGUUUAUUGUUUAAGAAAAACGGACUAGCAGCUGUUGUAUUUUCACUCAGAACAUGUUCAUUUAUGUAGAUGCCACUAUAAGCUUGAUGAGAAUUAAAUGUGAGAUUACUUCUGUG